UACACUCACUCCGCGGACGGUUUAUCGGCGAGCAGAAAGAAGCUCUCCAUCGGAUACGACAUGAUACAGGACGCGGCGGAAAUUCCGGACGAGGAAGGGUUCGCGGUGGCCAUGAAGGGAACGAUCGUGAUCCUCGACAAGUCCGGCCAGCAGGUGUCCCGCUUCAGUACCAAGGUCGGAGCCAAGCGGGUGGCACUGACAGUCAGCCAGCACAACGGUGACGUCAUCCUCUCGCUGUUCUACGAGAGUAAGGUGAAAGUGUUCGACUGUAAGGGGACUCUGCGGGUGGAGUUUGGCUCUAAAGGGUCGGGGGACGGCCAGUUCGGGCAGCCCACGGGACUGUGUGUGGAUAAGGAAGGGAACAUCAUCGUGGCGGACAAGUGGAACCGGCGGGUGCAGCUGUUUGAUCGGGACGGGCGGUUCCUGAAGGUGAUCGCGUCGGCGGCAGACGGGCUGGAGGCGCCCAUAGCCGUGGCCGUGGGGUGGGACGGGCUGGACGGCAGGGUGGCGGUCACCGACACGGACAAGUACUGCAUCUUCGUCUUCAAAUACUGACUUUCCAUGGAGAGCAUGACAAUACUUUGUACUUACUUUUGCUUGCUAUCGUUAUUGUCCCGUCUUCACUACAAUCGGUGAUGGC